AUGGAAGGCGAUUGCAGCAGAGUGUCGGUAGACAUGGAGAGUGGGCCUGUGUACCCGUCAACCACCGUGACCCUGGUACGGGAGAAGUCCACAAACGCACACCGGUGGAGGCUGAGCGGUGCUCUGCUGGCCAUGGCACUGUGUGUCUCAGCUGCACUUUUCGUUACCUGGCACGCCAAGGUAAGAAUACAGAUCCUAUUUUAUCUCAUCAUUAAUUAUUAGUGGCACAAUGUCUAGUUAAAUUGAUUCGGGACUAUUUUGAUGUGUUAAUAUCAAGAGUAUUCCAUCAGCAAUUUGAUAAAUAAAGAUUUACUUUCAUUUAUAUGUAUUUACCUUGCAUUUAUUUAUGUAUAUCUAUAUAUCUAUAUAUCUAUAUCACUAUAUAUCUAUAUAUCUAUAUAUCUAUAUCAUUAUAUAUAUCUAUACACUAUAUAUCUAUAUAUCUAUACACUAUAUAUCUAUAUAUCUAUACACUAUAUAUCUAUACACUAUAUAUCUAUAUAUAUAUACACUAUAUAUCUAUAUGUCUAUAUAUCUAUAUCACUAUAUAUCUAUAUAUCUAUAUCACUAUAUAUCUAUAUAUCUAUAUCACUAUAUAUCUAUAUAUCUAUACACUAUAUAUCUAUGCAUAUUUUUGUAUGUGUUUGUAUCCUAUGUAAAUCUCUGUAUAGCUCAUAUAUCUCCUGUUUAGCGUCAAUAUGAAACCGAUCGCAGGACUAACUCUUUCUUUAUCUCUGUUUCUCUUUUCCUCAGAAACAAGAUCACGUCGAAGAAUCUGAUGGUGAGUUCGUUUCCUUUGUUUCUGUCUAGUUCUACACGUUCUACUGCUAUGUACUAUGGCGUUAUAAUAUUGAAUAUAUACUGCUACUCCCUUGAUAAAGGUUGCAUUCUAAAUUGAGCACCCUAUUCCCUAUUUAGUGCACUACUUUUAACCAGGUCCAAUAGGGCUGGGGUCAUAAGUAGUGCACUAUAUAGGGAAUAGGGUGCCAUUUGAGAUAAAAACCUAAGUGUGUAAGAUACAUUCUUGCAAGCUUUUAGAAGCUCUCACAGCAGUGCAGCAUUACAUGGGGUUAGCGCGAGAAGAUUCAGCUUGUGAAGACGUCACAGUUUCUUAAAUCUCCAUCUUCUUCCCUCCUCAGAACUUCAGCAUAUGUUGAGACAACUCUCUGGGAACAGAAAGGCUGCCAUUCAUUUAGAAGGUAAGAGCACACUAUCCAGUAAUGUAUGAAAUGGCUACGUCCCAAAAUGGCACCCUAUUCCCUAUAUAGUGCACUAGUUUUGACCAGGGCCAUUUGGGACACAAUGUAUUCAGAGCACAGCGUCGAGUCAUUUCAACAGCACUGUAGAACUGGAAUGAACUUGGAUGUAAAUUUAGCCAAUGCAAAUCAAUGCACACUUGACCCUGACUUUGUAAUGGGAUAAGAAGCUGUGAAUGAAUCAAGCCUGUUUGACAUACAUCAAGACAUAACCUUCAUCUCUUUUUGAAACUGCUCAUCUACAACUUGACUCAAUAGUGGGUGGAUGGUGGGUCGCAGUGCUCCAUGAGUCAAUGUCCAACCACUCUGCAUCUCAACCUCUCUCUCUCUCCUCCCUUCCCUUCUUAGGUGAAUACAACGCCAACGGAGAAUACAAGUCCUCAGUGGAGUGGACAGACGAAGUGGGCCAGGGAUUCUCACAGGGGGGCCUUAAACUCAACAACAACGAGAUUGUGAUCCCCCAGACGGGCCUCUACUUCAUCUAUAGCCAGGCCUCAUUCCACGUCAGGUGCCAGGCAGACCCCAAGCACCCUAACGGCCAGGAGAUGGUUCACCUGAGUAACACGGUCAAGCGCUGGUCCCCAAGCUAUGGCAGCGAAGACAACAAGGAGUACCUGCCGCUGCUCAACUCUGUACGCACCGUGUGUAAGAGGUCUCCCAACAGCGAGGCUACGAGUGAAGGAAAGUGGUAUAAUGCAGUGUAUGUGGGAGCUGUGUUCAGUCUGGAGAGAGGAGACAGGCUCCAGGCAAACACAGAGAACUGGCUUCUGCCCCAUCUGGAGAGUGGUGAUGGGAAGAACUUCUUCGGCGUGUUCGCCUUGUGA